UCCCUCUGAUUUUCACCGACAUUUCCCUUCUUUAACUUCUCCCACUUGACAUCUCCCCUCUUUCUUUUCAGAUCAAACUCUUAUCUUUCAGGUUCAUCUCUCGACCGAAUAGCAUAAAGACAUCGAUCGGGCAUACGGGUUUUGGUUCGUAUAGCUUGGCACAAGCCUAAGCUGCAUGCCAUGGGGAAUACCUACAGCAGAAGCCCCCUGGAGGUGCCCUUUUAUGCCAUUGGUUUCAACGCGAAUGUGAAGUACAAUCCCGAGGAGCUUACCUCGUACGAAGAGGCCUGUUUGGAAGACAGGGACUUACGGUCCUUUGAUGCGAAGCUCCGUGACCAGACGAGUCAUGUCAUCGGCGCCCUUGCUGAUGGGGUCGAGGGCCGGUCCCUCUCGUUCGACUCCUUCAAGGAGGUCACCGGGUGCCUCCUCGACAUGAACCAGCAGGUGGUGAAGGUAGUCUUGGAGUGCAAGAAAGACAUAUGGAAGAGCCAGGAGCUGUUCAAUCUCGUUGAGGACUACCUCAAAAGCAGCCUGCAGACCCUCGACUUCUGUUCUGCGCUGGACAAGUGCCUGAAUCGCACUCGGGAUGCCCAGCUGUCGAUCCAUGUCGCGCUCCAGCACUUUGAAGAAGAACAUGAGAGAGAGGGUGAACAGAACAAGGGUGGCAGCAGAUAUGCCAGGACGCUCGAGGAAUUGAGGCGCUUCAGGGCGGCCGGUGACCCCUUCACCGAGGAGUUCUUCCAGAUAUUUCAGUCCGUUUACAAGCAGCAGGUCCUGAUGCUCCAGAAACUGCAGCUUCGGAGGAGCAAGCUCGAUAAAAAGCUUAGGUACAUCCGUGCAUGGAGGAAGGUCUCGAGCAUGAUAUUCAUAGUGACAUUCACUGCUCUCCUAAUAUGCUCGGUGGUGGCAGCGGCUGUAGCAGCACCGACCGUAGCUGCCGCCCUUGCAGCUGCCGUCCCUGCAGGGUCGAUGGGAAAGGUGGUCGAUCAAUUGUGGAAGAACUAUGAGAAUGCAGUCAAGAGCCACAAGGAAGUCGUGAGGUUGAUGCAAGUCGGUACCAGUGUGGUGAUCAAGGACUUGGAAGGCAUAAGGGCUCUGAUUGACCGACUAGAGGUCGAGAUUGGAUCACUACUAGAGGUCGCGGAGCUUGCCACAGAAAGGAGUGGGAAGGAAGGAGAAGGAGCUGUGAAGUUGGCGGUGGAAGAAAUCCGGAGGAAUCUGAGCGUGUUCGGGAAGAAGGUGGAUGAUUUACAAGCGCAAACCGAGGCAUGCGGCCGGGAUGUGAGGCGGGCGAGGACCGUGGUCCUGCAGAGGAUGAUAAGGAACACUAAAAGAUGAAUGACGUCAAUCAUUGAAGAUCAGCAAUCCCCACUUCAGAACCGUUAAAUUGUUCAUAAAUAUUUUGAUAAUAACUUUCAUAAGAUAUUCACUCUUCAAUAAUUCUUUCAUCAUUUAUUAGUUUUUCGAUUUGGUACUGUGGAACAACCUAAGGGGGAUCAAUUCAUGGAAAAAUAAUUAUUAGUUGGUUGAUAACCAGCAUAUAUUAUGUAUAACUCAUAAUUAAUUAUGAUUACGGUGUAACUUAUAGUCAUAGUGGAGCCCUACAACUUUUUUUUUUUUGCUAAAUAAAAGGCCGGGAGGGGGAGACCGGCAUAGCA